AUCCCACCCACGGUCUCUCAUAUAAGGCCUGGUUGGAAAUCUGUUUCUUAACUUCUGCUUUUGGACAGGGGUUGACUGUUACUCCUUCUCACAGCCUAGCAAUGCCUGUGGAUUUCAGUGGAACCUGGAACCUUGUCAGUAAUGACAACUUUGAAGGCUACAUGACAGCUUUAGGUAUUGACUUUGCAACACGCAAAAUAGCAAAAAUGCUGAAGCCUCAGAAGGUGAUCAAACAGGAUGGUGAUUCAUUUUCCAUCCAUACCACAAGCACGUUCAGAGACUACAUGCUCCAAUUUAAAAUUGGUGAAGAAUUUGAAGAAGACAAUAAAGGCUUGGAUAACAGAAAAUGCAAGAGCCUGGUUACCUGGGAUGAUGACAAACUUAUCUGUGUCCAGGCUGGGGAGAAGAAGAACAGGGGCUGGACUCACUGGCUCGAAGGAGAUGACCUCCAUUUGGAGCUUCGUUGUGAGAAUCAAAUAUGUAAGCAAGUAUUCAAGAGAGCUUAAAUAUCAGCAUUGGUUCCAACAUGGAAAGACAGCUAUACACAGGAGGUCAUGCGUUCAGGUGUCCAGUGAUAACUGAAAAUACAAAACCCGAUUUCCUUCUAAAUAAACAAUCUGUUUCUGUCUCAGGAAAUACUAUUGGUUGUUAGCAGUGUUAAAGACCUGAUUUUUACUAAUAAACACCACAAAACAUCUUAAGUACCUGUCUUCUGAAUGUGUUUUUGAGAGGGGGGAAAAUCCCAAAUUGUAAGCGAUGUGGUGCUUUGUGGUUAACUAGUCACCUAGAUCAAAACAAGAACCAUUCCCACUUACAUAAGGGCAUGACAAGAUCAAACAAAACAGGAAGUACAGUUUAAACUUGUGUAACUCUAGGAAUGGUAAAAAGUUAAGAUUCCCACCAAGGAUGUAACUUUACUAUUAAAAUGCUUCUUUCCUUACACGGAUACACACUGGUACUUCGGGAGCAGUUAACUGCUCCCACUAACUCUCAAAUGAGUAAUGCAAAGCCUUGCUUUGCUUUCCAAACAAUGAAGUUCAGCUUACCACAGGAAGUCAGUCAGUGACCACAUUCCCCGAUAACAAAGAUAGGUCUGAGCAAUCACAUAAGUUUCAGUUUGUGAAAUAAUUUGAUGCUAUCAGCACAUAUAGAAAGUAGAAAAUAACACUGCUCCUGGUGAGGCUUAUUCGCGUGCAUUUGUUCCAUUUUCUAGCAUACUUUCCUAUGCAACAAUUCACAAGGUCAAAAACAAUAAGAAUUAACUCAUGUAAAUAAGUGGCCAGAUCAACAUGUGAAAUGAGCUGCUACAUCCCCUGGGUAACACUAACAGCACACAGGUCCUAUCGCUGAAGUUUAAUCUAAAUUAUUGAGCUUCAGAUUUAAUUACGAUUCUGUUUUUCACAGGAACUCAACUUAUCCUCAACCCUUUCAGAGAUAAGUAGUACAACUCAUUAUUUAGGUAUCUCUUCCUCACUGUCAGCUCUGUUGAAGCUGGGAAAACUUUUAAUUAGAUCAAUAUCCCAGAUAACUACCAGAGGACUCGAAAUGUGCCUUCCAAAACAUGAAGAAAAGUCCUAGUACACCUUAGGAGUCAGGACAGGGACAUUUGGAGGACUGGGUGCAAAACAUGGAAUAUAUUUAAUGAAUUCCAAUGGUGCAUUCGCUUUGGAACUGAGUGCUGGUUCUAUUUGGUUGGAAGCAAGAUUUAUGAUACCACAGAAUUUAAUAUAAACAACGCUUUCAUACAGCAAACAUGCUCUGUCACCUCUACCACCAACAUAUUGUAGCAGUCAUAGACUUUGCUACUCCAUUAGAUGGCACCACUGCAACAGAAUGCAUUUUCAUUUGAAGUGUAGUGAAACCCACCAGCAAUACUUCAAGUAUUAAAUAUUGCAGAUGUGUGCAAGUCACAAAGCUUAAAAUCAUGUAUUCCAAUCAUCUGUGCAUGAGAAGCAUCAAGAGGUUGUGACAGCCUUAAGAAAUCUGUUAGUACAAAGAGAGACAACAAGUAGAAAUCAGAGAAAUAUAAUCUUCAACUCAUGUGACUAUAAAUAUUACAUUUUGGUAGUAAGGCUACUAUAGAGAAGGCUUUACUAUUAAAAAUGUAGAAGAGGUGCUAUCAAUUACAUUCCUUUUUUUACAUUGCUAUCUUCCUACUUCAAAUGGAUGAUUUGAAAGCAGGCAAUGCUACGCCCAGCUCACUGGAGGAUGAUUUGUAGUUGCUGAGGAAGAGACAAGGAGCCAGUGACAGAACUGCUCACAGUAAAUUAACUAAAUUCACACACUUAAAAAAAAAAA